UCCGCUUUCAUUGGAGCCGGCGUGCAUCGAUGUUGACAAGUAGAACUGUCGGAAGCUGUGAAAUUCAUGGCGUGAUCCGAGGGAUUCAUCUGUCAGAUAAGAGAAGGUGCGCAGAACAGUCAGUCGAAGAAGGUUAAUCACAGCAAGAUGUUCGACGUACAAAUCUGCCGACAGGAUGGCCCCAACGCUGCAUGAAGCCCGCGAGUUCGUCCACCUUGCCCAAGAAACAUGUUUUACCCUCAGAAAGCAGGAGGAGAUCGGUGAAUUGGGCAAGAGUUUCGAGCGACGGCUGAUGAACGGAGGCGAUGACGAUCAUCCCCUCACUCACUGCUAAGGUUCUGAUAGCCGACAUGACUUCUCUUGCGGAGGUGCUAUCCAGCUGGGAUGAUCAUCAGCACAAUGCAGCUAUGAAACGAAGAAAACUGACACCAGAUGUCACUUCAUCUAACAGUAGGAUGCGCCUGGGAAAGUUGUUGGAGAGUUUCAUAUGGAGCUAUGGAUGCGAAUCACGCACGGGAAAGUGACCAUAGCACAAGCAGCCGUGACGCGCCGCUUUUGGCCUGAGCGGGUGCAAAGUAGACGAUUAGAUUCACUACGAUUCGGAGAAAGCAGUUAGCAUAGCAUGGCUCACCCCCCGAAACGCCCCUUGAAAUGGGGGUCCCUAUCCUCUGAUCGGCGCAGGAUUGAAGGCCCAGAGCUGCCAAGACCGUGUCGACACGCUCAGCAACCGCUCGACGUCCGAGAAGAGGUAAACUAAGCCGAGCAGAUGAGCAAGACAGGAUCAAGCCGAGGCCUGUUCGAUAGACGUACUGCAGCCUCAAAGCAUAUGUGACACUCUCGCGGACCGUUAGCACGCCUAGCAACGCGUCCUCCUGCUCGACGAAGGUCGACAUCUUUUGCAUUUUCGUGGCACUCAGCGGCUCCCCGUUGAGACUGAUCUGUCGACGAUGGAUAUCAACCUGCUGCGCGGGAGGGGAACUACCGGCGACUUCACGAACCGACGCGCCCUCAAGAGCGGGCUUGCGGAAUGCCAUUAGGUCAAGCAGUGUACUCUUCCCUGCAGUGCUUCAGCGACACGCGACAUAUCCUUGAAAUAAGGCGAACUCACCAGCACCAGAUGGGCCCUGAUUGGCGCCACCGUCAGUUCCGAUAAUGGACUAGCAGCAGCAGUAGCAGAACGCCGUGAGUGCACGCACCAUGACAGCCAGGAGCUCUCCCGCUCGCACAGAGACCGACACAUCCUCGACCAAAAAGCGCGACUCCCGGCCCUUCACGCCCACCUGGAAGCUCAGAUGCCGGAAGUCCAGGCGCGAUGAGCCCGAGUUGGGCAGAUGGGUGAGGCUCUCCGCGCGGCGCGCGGCGGACUUUUCGUGGAGGGAAGUCGUGGAGGUGUUCGACAUGGGCAUGGCGGACGCGGAAGAGGGGUUGGGAGAACGAAGUUGAGAUCACGGCACGGCGACAGGGAUUCAGAGCGGUAUUUAAAGCAUGAUUGACAUCCGAUGUGCCUUAACCUAUUGUAGACAUUCUAUGCCAAAUUGCCAUUCGAACUGGGCGGUAAAUUGAUAACUCGCUUGAGAGCGAAGGAAGUAGCUCGUUCCGUGUCGGAGAUGAGAUGUCAUGGGCAGUGGCUAUGGUCUAGGCCUCGACGUCACGUGGAAUCGCGACUCAGGCAUGUCAUCAGGAUGACCAUCUCCCGACUACGAGGAUUGUGACUGUGACUAUCAUUGUCACGUAUGCUUUUCUUGUACCCUUGCGACUGUGCCCCUGCGUCGCUCGUGUUGCUCCCGUCGAGCUUCUACCGCGUGCGCCUCAAUCACAACGCAAUGAAAAUCACAACUCUCGCUUGUGUACUCCGGAUUGGGCCGUGGAAAGACACCUGACAACCCAUUCUAAUCUCACUACGCGCCUCCAAUGCCGACAGAUGCUGUCGUGUUCGUCAGUUUUGGCACACUUAGCGAGUUGAAUUGCAACGCUAGCCGUAACUUGCAGUGCUCCUAUCCUUAUCCGCACACCGACGCAUCCUACAAUCCGUCAUAUAAUCUGCGCGACCAUUGAAAAGCCGGACCUGACGAGUCACAGCUGUGUGCAGAAACACGCCACUUAGGGCUCGCGCCAGAUUUCAUCCACAGCCAUCUUAAUAUCCCAAAUCGCAUGAACCCUUUUUUUCCGGUUCUUUCGACGAUUUCCUUAUAUGCACUUCCCCUUGUCUCGCGUACACGAAAUCACACUCACCUCGGGUCGAUGAAUGGGGCUGUGACUCGGAUGUGGCUGGACCUUGGAGGGUGCAGCAUUGUUCUGUGCUUGCACGAGCCCUCUAUAUAUGUGAAUCCGGUCGGUGCGAUCUUCCGAGCCGCACCCACCCAGCACCCACUGUAUCCCUAUUCUCCCCGUCGUCGCGGCGGGCGUCUAAACCAGAAAACCCCAUAUUCACCACCAUGUCCUUCAUGCUCCCCGUCCUCUCUUUCGUCUGUGCCGGCCUCCUCGCUGUAUUUCUAGUUUCCCUUCUCCGUCAACCGACGAUCAACACCGCCAACGUCGCUCUUGUCCUCUGGCUACUAUUCGGCAACAUCGUGCACGCAGUCAACGCUAUCGUAUGGGCCCAUGGGACGGAUGUGAAUUUGCUCCCCGUUUGGUGUGAUAUCGUCACGAAACUGCUCCUCGGGGUGAAUGUCGCCGUCCCUGGGGUCUGUCUGUGCUCUGCGCGGUACCUCGAGCUGCUCUCUUCAAAGCGUCGGAUCUUUCCCAAUUCGUAUUCGCAGCGGCUGCACACCCUUUUCGACAUUGCGUUGUGUUACGUCCUUCCGAUCCUUUAUCUCGCUCUUCACUUUGCCGUACAGGACUACCGAUACGACCUCGUCCAGGGCCUGGGCUGCUCUGCUUCUAUCUUCAGGUCGAUUCCCACUGUAUUGCUCAUGAUUCUUCCCCCGCUUCUGUUGUGUAUGAUAUCUCUCGUUCUAUGCGCUUUCGCCGUCUACCGCUUGGCAUCCAUGUCCAAGCCUCGAUUCUCAGAGCAUAUCAGCUCUCGAACAGCCAUCUCUUACUCGAUGUUCAUUCGGCGGCUGAUCAAAUCGGCGUUGCUGACCCUCUGCGUCACGGCAGUGACUUGUCUGCCGCUUGUUGGACCGAUGCCAUACUCGUUAUCUCAGUUUUCUCAAUCGCUCGGAGAUGUGUCGGUUGUGACUCAGCGAUGGCAAGUCCGUGUGGUGGAGUUAGUGUGGUGGUCGAUCCCAGCGAUGUCGAUAGUCUAUCUGCUCCUGUCUGUCCUCUUGGGAGACGGUUAUGCCCAAGUCGUCAGCUGGUUACGUCUGAAAACAGGGUCUUCGAAUGGCACGGUCCCGAGGAGCCCCGUUUUAGCGCUGCCCAUGACCUCACCUCCUACUCCAGUCUCCAUCCAGCUCCGUUCCGGCUGGGACGGAAUGCUGGAUCUGGAAUGCGGCCGUCCCAAACAGCCAGGAAUGACCCUUGCUCGACUGUCAGUCCUUCUCCCGACUCAGCGCAAGUCUGUAUCGGAGGCAGAGUCUUCCGACUCCUCGUCGGAUGGGAUGCUUUCCCGUAGCUCCAGCAAAGCGAGUCUGCCCCCGAUCAAUACUCGGAGUCUGGCUCGUUCUCCGUCGUCGUCGGCUGUGUCAUCGCCGGAAGACGAGGCUUUUCUGCAAGCGACGUUGACUUAUCUGGCCUCGCCUGUCGCUCAGCGGAGAGGAACGCCCACUCCGCUCUUGUCCACUCCUGUCCUCUCCCCCAACCCAAGUCUUAGCCCUGACCCACGGAGUCCGGUCACACCUCGGUCUCGGCCGACGACGCCACUUCAUCCGCUAACCAACGAUCUCGAGCAGCUGCCUCUCAAGCCCCGCCAUGUUGAGCAGCUGAAACCCAAGCCGCAGCAGUCGAUUCCAGAGGACACUGCGUCGACAUGUUCCUCGAUCUGGGAUGCGCCUUGGCCAUUGCCACCACUUCUUGCACCACCGCCAGCCGUUCCUCCGCUGCGACUGAAAUCGGAUUUGAAGCGCCCGAUGGUGAAGCGCUCGCCGUCGAUCUACUCGCACGCUGUGUCUCGCGCGCAUUCCCCGACAUCGUCUGUGUCCACCAUCGUUCCCAGUGCUUACGCGCCCUCGCUGUACAUUCCGGUUCUGGGCGAAUCGACCACACCGCCUUUCGAGGGAUCCGGUUCUGCUAUCGGAAGCGGUUGUCCCAAGCGUGCAGCUCGGGGCGAGACGGUCUUUAUCACCAGGACGGUCGAGGCUAUCUAGUCGACGUCAUUAUUAUUUGAUUUACCAGAUGCGUUCGUCCUCAUCCUACUCACCUUUAAUAUCCCCUAUAUACGUACACCCUGUAGCAUACUUGCGAUCUACGGCAACUUUCGUGCUGUACUCGACCCUCCACUUGUAUCAUAUCUAUGUUCUCUCCAUGCAAUCUAAUCAGGUUCCAUGGAACAAAUCCAUCAAUGACUGAUUCCGCAAAUGCUCCCGAACCCGCGGCAUCUUUUCAUUUUUGGAAGUGAUCGAUCGAGGUAACAAUGGGCUUUGGAGAACAAAAAGAGUUGGCGGCAUAUAACCACGACGGUCUAUGAGAUUGCAAGUUCGUCUGUUCCCAGACUCACCGUCUCCCCUACUCUCCCCAUCUUCAACCUGUGAAGGAAGAUCUCGCCGUACGCUAUCAGAAGUCGCACACAGACGAUUAUCGACCCACAGAGAUCACCCGGGCAUCGUGUGAGAGCCGGGCUACCGACACUAUGCACCUUGCGUGACUACUCGCUACUCGAACCACACUCCCUGUAGCACGAAGCCAAACCCUAUUCCGCCACGCGCCUUGUACUUUGCACACCAGCCGCUCGGCCGGUAUUCCGCGCGUUGUGCCCGAUAUAGCCGCGACCUUGUCCCGCCACAUCAUCCAUCAGUGCAUGCAUCACCUGCCCCCGGAGGCUCCUUCCGCAUAAGGCCUCCUCGUCCAAAUCCGGCAACGUGCUUGUGCUCGGUCCACUGCCCGAUUUGGCAUUCCCCUUGUUCCAACAUCGAGCAAGAUGGAAGGAGGUCGUUUAGCGAGGACAAGGAAAUGGCUCUACCGGGACAUGGGGCAAAUACGCGUAGUUUUUAUAAGACAUGCGGGGCCUGCCUUGGGAAAGUCGAUUACCAUCCGCUCAUCCCUCCCUCCGCCCUCCGCCUCGCCGCCGCCGCCGCCGCCGCCGCCAUGUACUACUACCAAGGGCCUCCGACAUGGGUUUUCUCCGCCUUCUCCUUGACGGCGUGCAUCAUGAACCUGAUUCCCCUUCCGUGGCACUUGGAAGCCUGGAACGUCGGGACGUGCUUGUUCAUGAUAUGGACCGCCAUCGCCAACAUGAUCUUCUUCAUCAACUCGAUCAUCUGGAGAGGGAACGUGCAUAACUCGGCGCCGGUCUGGUGCGAUAUCGUGACGCAUUUCAUGGUUGGCUUCAACACGGCGGUGCCUGCCUGCUGUCUCUGCAUCAGCCGGCGUCUGUACAGCAUCGCGUCGGUGAAGUCGGUCACGAAGACCAAGUCGGAUCAGCGCAGGGCGAUCUUGGGUGACCUGGCUAUCGGUCUCGGAAUUCCGAUCUUGUCCAUUCCCCUUCAAUAUGUGGUGCAAGGUCACCGCUACGACAUCCUGGAAGAUGUCGGGUGCCUGAGCGAGACGUACGAGACCCCGGUUGCAAUUGUGCUCUACAACCUCCCCCCGCUCCUGAUCGGUUGUGUGUCCGCGGUCUACUGCACUCUUGCGAUCCGCGCCUUCCACCACUGCCGCCUCCAGUUCAAGGAGCUUUUGUCGUCCAGCAACAACCUGAAUGCGAACCGAUACCUCCGGCUCAUGUGCCUCGCCGGCACGGACCUCGUCCUGACGAUCCCCCUCACCGUCUUCGUGCUCGUCGCCAACAGCCGCGUGGGCAUCCAGCCGUGGAUCAGCUGGGCGGACACGCACUCCAACUUUUCACGUGUGCGGGAGGUCCCUGGAAUCUUCUGGCGGUCGGACCCGUGGAACGUCGCGAGCAUCGAGCUGCUUCGCUGGUCCACAGUCGGCGCCGGCUUCAUCUUCUUCGCGUUCUUCGGCUUCGCAGACGAGGCGCGGAAGCACUACCGUCUUGCCCUCCAAAGUGUUGCGAAGCGCGUCGGAAUCUCGACGUUGGGAACGGGUACGCUCUCGUCCAAUGGAACGAGCAAGGGCCAGAGCAGCUACAGUCGCGGCGCCCUGCCCGUCUUCGUCAAGAAGCAGGUCUCGCGCAAGCGCGACUCGCUCGAUUCGUUCUCGGACACGAUGGACCUCGAUGGCUCGCUCGGUGCGCUCACCUACGACGGCUCGAAGGUCAGCGCCAAGUCGUUCGGCGAUCUGUCGACCGAGAAGUCGUUCGGCGCUAUCUCGUUCGGGGAUGUCGGGGGCUUGCUCUCCGAAAAGAAAGGGGACGAUUUCCUCGAGAGUCCCAUUUCGUACUCCGGCUCGUCCUCCUCUGGAAGCGAGCACGGCGGUCUCUCCCGGCCGCUGACCCCCAUUUCGGACGACGCGGACGACAUCGAGGUGUCGUCCCUGCACCGGGCGUCGAUGUACGUCUUGCCGGCCAUACCGUCGGCAGCGCGCACCCACGUGUCCCGGACGUCGGAUGUCGUCGAUCCUGCGAACGCGGUGUAGAUUCAAUGGACGUUCUACCCCGUUUCGCUCUUCUUCGUGAAGAUACUGUAGCAUUAGCCCCCGUACAUAUGAACAUCCAUCCACUCACCCAUCGCUUCUACUUUAUCCCUCAUUAUACCAACCCUGCCUUCCUUUGUAUCACUAGUAGACACAUGUUUCAAUAUGAUCGCGAUGCCUCCGAGAUUUGCCCAGUGAGUUGUGGCCUGGUGGACGGGUGACACAGGCUUGAGUCAG